AGCGGCGGGCGCAGGCUGGAGCUCGCGGCUGGCGGUCGCUGCGCGCGCUCCAGAGCCUCUGCCUGCGCCGAGCGGCCGGCCGAGAGCCCUCCCGGGACUGCGGCGCCGAGUGGAGCGCGGGGCCGGCGGCCACAGAGCCGGCCCGCGGAAGUCCUCGGGCUCCCGGGCGCGCCCUCCAGCCGCGCUCCAUGCGCCGGCCGCGGCCCGGCCCCCCGCCCCGUCGCUGACGGCGCCCGCCGCCCCGGGCAGCACUCAUGCUCGGCGCGCGCCGGGAGUCGUAGGCUGCAGCUGCGCCGCGGCUCCGGGAGCCGGCGGGGGCGUCAAUGGAUCGCCAUUCCAGCUACAUCUUCAUCUGGCUGCAGCUCGAACUGUGUGCCAUGGCCGUGCUGCUCACCAAAGGUGAAAUCAGAUGCUACUGUGAUGCUGCCCACUGUGUGGCAACUGGCUACAUGUGUAAAUCUGAGCUGAGCGCCUGCUUCUCCAGACUUCUUGAUCCUCAGAACACAAAUUCCCCGCUCACCCAUGGCUGCCUGGACUCUCUCGCAAGCACAGCAGACAUCUGCCAAGCCAAACAGGCACACAACCACUCUGGCCCCACCAUGCCCACAUUGGAAUGCUGUCAUGAAGACAUGUGCAAUUACAGAGGCCUGCACGACGUUCUCUCUCCUCCCAAGGGAGACACCUCAGGACAACGAAACAGGCAUCAGCAUGACGGUAGCAGAAACCUCAUCACCAAAGUGCAGGAGCUGACGUCUUCCAAAGAGCUGUGGUUCCGGGCAGCCGUGAUCGCCGUUCCCAUCGCCGGGGGCCUGAUUUUAGUGUUGCUCAUUAUGUUAGCCUUGAGGAUGCUUCGAAGUGAAAACAAGAGACUGCACGAUCAGCGGCAGCAGAUGCUCUCCCGUUUGCACUACAGCUUUCACGGACACCAUUCCAAGAAGGGGCAGGUGGCCAAGUUAGACUUGGAGUGCAUGGUGCCAGUGAGUGGCCAUGAGAACUGCUGUCUGACCUGUGAUAAGAUGAGACAAGCAGACCUCAGCAACGAUAAGAUCCUGUCGCUCGUUCACUGGGGCAUGUACAGUGGGCACGGGAAGCUGGAAUUCGUAUGACGGAGUCUUAUCUGAGCUGGACUUCUUGGACGCUUGAAGGCCUCUGAGUUCUGCUGGACAGGAGCACUUUAUCUGAAGAAAAACAAACUCGUGUAAUCAUCUUUGAGAGACACAAUGACCUCUGCAAAUAGAAUCUUGGAUAUUUCUUCUGAAGGAUUAUUUGCACAGACUUAAACACAGUCAAAUCUGUUAUUUGCUUUAAAAUUAUUAAAAGCAAAGAGAAGACUACGUACACACUGUUACCAGGGUUAUUUGCAUCUGAGCGAGCUGGAAUCGAGUACUUAAUAAACUAAAAUGUGCUCUAUGGAAGCUCCUACAGCUUGAUUUAUUGUAAAGAUUAAAAAAUAUAUAUAUAUAUUUUGUCUGAAAUUUAGUGGUGUCCUGUCAUAAAUUAAAACCUAAGUGGGAAGUGUAAGAAACUACAUGUUGAUUAUACAAGUGGAGAUCUGUUGCUCAUGGUAGGGUCUUGACUAUAGCAUUUGGCUUGAUGAUGAUUUUUUUAAAAAGAAGACCAAGAUCUCGUUUAUUCUUACAUGUGUAAUUUUCGUACUGCGUGGAGAAUUUCUAAAUGUGGACUGCCCACCAUUCAGUGUCCUGCCCACAUCUUUUGUUAGGAUCAUUCUGGUUUUUAGCUUUCAUUUAAGAGAAAUCUUAAAACUUAUUUAUACCACAUCAGAUAUGAUCGAUGAAUUUUUGAAAUCUCCUUAGCAAAGGUAAUUAAUAUUUAUCAACUUCAUCUAGUUGCUCUGGAGUACCUUUUUUAAAUGUGUCUACCUCCAAUCAAAAAAAAAAAAACCCUACUAAACGAAACUUCUUUUUGUAGUUAAAGUUAUUCUCUGUCUACUUUUACUGCUGAUUAAUUCAUCAGUUUAUCUCAAACCAAAUUAAAUAUUUGGGAUCCAAAUUAGCCAAAUUUUAUUGUACCAUGCUCCUAGUUUUCAAACCUUCUUUCGACAGUGUUAUUCUAACAUUUUUUUUUUACUUUUCAAUUUUUAGAAAGGUUUUCAAUAGUGAACAUAUAUCAAUUGAGAUUUAAAUAACACAACUUUCUCCCCCAAAUUAUCCUUUUAUUAAUAGAACCAAGUAGAACAUUGACUUUAGCUACAAACUAAUACACUAACAGUGUUCCUCCUCCUGUGGGACUUUCUGUCUGGCGAUACUGCCCAGCCUGAAUUUAAACCCGUGCCACAUUUGUGUACUUUUCCCUCAAAAUGAGUCUUUGUUAUCUUAAAUAUGAGAAUAAUUUGCCAUGUAGGGUUAUCUUCUUGAUUCUUUUGUAUAUUUGAAACUUUUGCUUAAAAAUUAACCUAUAGUCUACAUAGUUGAAUACGGGGUUUUCUUUGAUGAGUGUUAAAGGAUUUUUUUUUUGCAUAUUUUCUGGAAUAUUUUAUGAGAAGCUUAAUUUGGGUCCCUUAGGACAGAUGCAGUAGCCAAGGUCAUGGAAGAAUCUGAGUUGAAAUGACUGGUCUAAAAAUGAAUACCUAGAUUAUUUAAUAAUUAAUAGACCACAACCCCAAACAAAUUAGGCUAUGGAAUAAAUACGCAUCUUAAUAAAUAA